UUCUGACACAAAAGCUGCAGUUGAAUCGUUAAAUCCACAAUUACUCUGUAUUGUUUUUAAUCAACAAAGACCAAAUCCAAAUAUUUUCAAAGCCCUUAAACCCAAAAGGAAGCGAAGAAAAAGAAAGAGAGGGAGAUUGACUCAGACUCAAACUCAAACUCAAACUCAAACUCAAACCAAACCCAAAAUUGCAAAGUUGAAAAAUGAGGUGGCUUCGUAACACCAACAGCAACUCACUUGCUUCAACUCUCCUUCAAUACUCUUCUCUCUCUUUCCUUAGACCUCUAUCCAAUGCAGCAGCAGAUGAUUGGAACCCUACUUUUGUGCACCCAACUGCUAUUAUUCAUCCCAAUGCUACUCUUGGUCAGGGAGUGUCAAUUGGGCCAUUUUGUACAGUUGGCUCAUCUGUAAAACUUGGCAAUGCUUGUAAAUUGUAUCCUGGUAGUCACAUUUUUGGAUAUUCUCAAUUGGGUGAUAACUGCAUUCUUAUGACUGGUGCGGUCGUUGGUGAUGAGCUUCCGGGGAAGACUGUGAUUGGAUCAAACAACAUUAUCGGACAUCAUGCUGUUGUGGGUGUAAAGUGCCAAGACUUGAAAUAUAAGGAUGGGGAUGAAUGUUUCCUUGAUAUUGGUGACAAUAAUGAGAUAAGGGAAUACAGCUCUAUACAUAGAUCGUCCAAGCCAGAUGAUCAGACGAUCGUUGGUCAUAAUAAUCUUAUUAUGGGAUCCUGUCAUGUUGCUCAUGACUGCAAAAUCGGUAACAACAACAUUUUAGCAAAUAAUACCUUGUUGGCAGGUCAUAUAGUAGUAGAAGAUUACAUUCACACUGCCGGUGCGGCUGUUGUCCACCAGCACUGCCACCUUGGUUCGUUUUGUUUCAUUGGUGGUGGAUCUGUGGUUUCUCAAGAUGUUCCAAAAUUCAUGAUGGUAUCUGGUGAUAGAGCUGAGCUUCGUGGCUUGAACUUAGAAGGCUUGCGACGUCGUGGGUUCUCGGCUACAGAGAUUAAGGGCUUGCGAGCGGCAUACCGCAAGAUUUUCAUGCCUAAUGAUAAUGAAUCCGGGAGUAUUGAAGAUCGUCUCAAAGAACUGGAGCAGCAUGAAGAACUGUGUCAGAUUCCUGUCAUAUGCUCCAUGGUGCAAUCUAUAUGUGAUUCCUUUUCUGAGAGUCGACGUGGAAUAUGUAAAUAUAGACAAUGGAAUGCAUCUUGAAAGUAUUCUUUGGCAUCUUUGCCCAAUAUUUUAUGGAAUUCCAUCUCGGCAUAUCUCAUUGCACUCGCUGAGUUGUUCGGGUAAUUCAUCUACAGACCAUGCUUUCCUCACAAACGCUUUUGCUCCACACUGUCUAAACAUUGGAAUUAGACUGUAGAGGAUUAUGGAAGCAUAGUAUUAAGAGUUCUCAAGUAGCGUUCUAAAUUUUGUGAGACAAGCAUUGUUUUUGUUUUAUGUACCCUUGUUUGAAAUUUUGAACUGGCUGUAAUACAAUUAAGUUGGAGUGGUUGAACUUGAAAGUGAAAAAUGGAGGAAAAAAAAGAAGAGACAGAAAGUGGGGAGUUAGUGUAGUUACUGGUAAAUGAAUAUGACAGUGCAUUUUUACAAAGCUGGUGGAGUUGUGAGUUUGUGACCAACUCUGUACUAUACUUAUACUAUACAGCUGGUUUGUGUUCUGUACUUAUGCAUCAUUGCUUUCAACA